UGUAAAUGCAGACGUACAGUACAUGUAAAAAUGUAACUGGCGAAACGUCGGCCCUAUGCCACUCUAUCUUUGCUUUCAAUCGCCGUUGUUUGUUUUGACUUGGCCUGUAAGUUGGAAUGGAUGUGAACUUGGUAAGGCUACACCAUGAGUGUUGCUCAGUAUGCACAUGCCUGUGUUUGGCACUUCUACAUGUACAUGUAGGUAUAUGAGCGGCACGAGGUUUGGCGGCCUUUAGUGAUACUGCCAUGGAGCUGAACACAGUGUUGACUGGUGGCCAUAGCCAGAUGGUGUUGUGCCUGGGUGUAAACGCAGGUGGACAGGUUGCAUCUGGAGGGGAAGGCGGUGAGGUCUGUUUCUGGAGCCCCGACGGAGAAAUUGUCUCCCAGAAAAGCUUCCCCUCCAGGGCCGAUGUCAACAGUGUCUGUUUCCCUCCGCAGCAAGGCUCGGUUGUUUACGUGUCGGCUGGGGAGGUUAUUGAACUGUUGGACAUACGCAGCCCCGAAUGCAGUCAGGCCACUUUUGCUUUCCACAAUGAGGACGUCAACCAAAUCACUGUUGACCCCAAAGAUGGCUUCCUUGCAGCUUGUGACGAUGAUGGAUUGAUAAAAGUUAUUGACCUUCGAAGCCACAAGGUCUUAAGGACGCUAAAAGGCCACAGUGCCAUUUGCUCCAGCGUGCGUUAUCAUCCCACCGUCCCAAGGGAGAUUGCCUCGGGAGGUCUGGAUUGUGUGGUGCACUUGUGGGAAACAACGCGGGCGAGCCCCAGGACGUCAGUAAACAUGAGGGAGGUGACAGCAGCGGGGAUGGAGGAUGAGCUCAUGCCCAGUCCGUACAUGGUCAACCCCCCGUUUGUCCACUCAUUGGACUUCUCCCCGGCUGGCGAUGUCCUGGCAUGCGGCCUGGAGAGCGCCCGGGUCCAGCUGCUGGGGAGGGGAGGGAGGCGGGACCUCUGGCCAGGGGCAAGCCUGGAGGGGCACACGCGUGGCGUGACGCAGGUCGCGUUCGUUCCCAAUCACCCGGGGCGGACGCAGGACUUGCUGCUGACGGCAGGGAAUGACUGCAGAAUGAUGCUGUGGGAAACAGCGAACAUCACCUCUGAGGAUAGCUUCCUACCGGAAAACUCCCCAUCCAUCACGUCAGCCGACAAAUUGGAGACCAUAGACCUUACUUCUACAAAAAGCAAGAUUCCACCUGCAUAUCAGUCUUCUGGAUCAGGAAGAGAGAGAGAAUCUGACAAGAGGAACCAAGGCGCAUGCUCGUCAGCCCUCAAGAAGAAGAAAGCAACAUUGUCCAUGAAGCACAAAGACAAGAUAAACUGGCUUGCACCCUCGACCUCAGUAGGGAGUGUCAAUUUGGUGUUUGUGGCCGAUGUAUCGGAAAUCAUAUCGGUAUACCAGUGGAAAUUGGCUUGAUCCUUACAAGGGCCGUGCGUUUCUUCGGCAGUGGCACCAUACUAUUUUUUGACAGUGCAUAAGAAAUGACACUGGCUAAAAAGCCUUCUGCUGAUUGGAACUGAAACUUUACAGAUGUGCUCAGAUGUUUAUCACCCGAAUUCUAGUUGCAAAGGUUAUUUAACAGCCGAGAUUUUGGGCAAUGAAGAUGUAAAACAAGGCCCCCGACCCCCCCCCCCCCAAAAAAAAUGGUCCUUUAGAAAGGGUAAUGCGCUUCAAUCAUUUUUUAAAAAAACCUUGGAAUUGCACCUUGGUGUUUUAGUCAAUCAUUAAUUGGUUUGCUCUUUUGAUCUGUAUUUUACAGCCUGUUUGGUUUUAUGUUAAUGCAGAUUUGCAUAUUCAUGCCAGAACUGUGAUGUCAAUCCCAGGCACUGAUUCUUAAUGUGACAUUUAUCCGUGCAGAAACACUGCUGGAUUUAUUUUUGGGUUUUUGGUUUUAAUAUUGCCAUUUCUUUGGCAAUGUAUUGUUCUGCAAGUAUCAGGCAACCGGCAAGCUGGCGUGCAACCUUUUGUUGGAUAUGUUUUUAGAGAGCAUUGCACAUGAAAAUCUGAGUAGUGUCUACCCUGAACUGCAGUGGCAUCCUUGUGUUCGGAAUACCAGCACCUUGGACAUUUUUUAAUGUUUCUGAAAAGUAUACUCGUUGGUACACUCAACUCCAAAAACUGAAGUCGUCAUCCGUUUGAAAGAAGAACAAAGAUGCAAAAAAUUGGGUUUCUGAAAAAAAUCAUGGCAUGGACCCUUCAACGUGUUCAAGAUUAAAAUGGCUAUACACAGAGUCCCGAAGUGAAGCCUUUGGGUUGUGCACAGUUAUGUGUAUCGAGAGACAUAAAUGUGAGAACCAGUGCGUGAACCCACAGGUGCGCAGACUUCCCUUUGUUAGUGUUACAAUUCCCAGUCAAAAGGAUAUCACACUUUGGUAGUCUACCAGUAUGUUGUGAAGAGGAGCCUGCCACUUGAUGCUAGGCGUACAUAUGCAGUACCUCUGGUACAUGUAUGCAUCAGUCACUACUUAGUAAUUUUGUCGUUACUAUUUUCAUGCACAGGUACAUGUAUGAAGCAAAACUACCCUCAUUCGGAAGUGUCCUGCGGGGUCAAAUGUUGCAAAUGCUACCUAAGCAAGCGGCAAGUCUCUACUGAACAAAAUCACACAUGAGCUGCAGUUUACUUGCCCUUCAGGCAGGUCUUUCAGUAAUAAGCUGUUUUUCACUUAUAUAUAAUAUAAACAUAUAUGUUUUCGAACAAAUCAGACUUGUUACAACAUUAAGCUGCAUAUGAGGGAAUGUUCAACAUUAUGGAACCACUUUGAAACUGGUUAUCAAUCUAGAAAAGAGGCUUGAUCAAAGUAAAGAUAAACAUACUGUUAGCUUACUGAAAUGGUACAUGUACAUUGUGUACAAAUGUGUCUUUAAAGAACACUGCCAAACUGCCUUAAAUUAACAAAAGCUUGAAUAUUUGGAGCUUUUCCCAAGCCCGACUUGUUAAAUAAA